CAGGGUCAAAGUCGUCGUCCACGGUCCACGCUAUACUGCUGAUCUGCCCGAAUCCUCUGAUCCUCCCCACAUGUUUCACUUUCCGUAGGAUGCACAUAAAAGUCUUCUCCCCUAUCCAUCACCGCCGGCCAGUCACCAACCGCCGCUAUGCAGCAAUCCUGGCUCUUCCUCCUCGCCGUCGCCGUCUCGCCUCUCGCCACCGGCGCGUACACCGUCGACUGCAUCGAUGGCGGCGGCACAUACAAGGCCAACAGCACCUACGAAGCCAACCUCCGCCGCCUGGCCGCCAUCGUCCCGGCCGAGAUCUCCUCCUCCAAUAUCCUCUUUGCGUUCCGUGGCGUCGGGUCCUGGCCCAACCGGCCGCGUGCCGCCUCGCACUGCUACAUGAUUAUUAACAGCAACGGGACCGUCAGCUCCCCCUCCGCUUCCUCCUGCGCCGCCUGUAUCGCCGGCGCCUUCCGGGAAGCGGAGAGGGCGUGCCCUUACGGCAAGAAGGCGGUCGUCUUCGGUCACUCCUGCCGCCUCAGCCUCGCCGGUUUCCCUAGCGCUGUCGUCUUCGGCCAGAGCAGUUGGUUUGAGCUCUUGGGUCCGGGAUUGAUACUUCAAGCAAUUGGAUUUGCAUGGCUUUUCUUCUUGCUUCUUCAGGAAUGGCGUGAUAAGAGAAGAAGAUCUAUGAUGCGUUACAGCUCUGUUCCAUCUGAAGAUCAGGAGAUCAACGUCUGAUCAACUUGGUCAUGCACUCAUGCUUUUGGGCAUCAACCUAAUCCCAAGAAGAAGAAAAAUUAUGUCAGGCGCUACAGUCAAUGCACACAUGAUUAACUGAAUGAUGAUUUGACUUGAUGUAUUUUACGCGAACGACGCUGCAGCCUGAAUCGUUUCCGCUUCGGUCAUUACAAAUAAAUUCCAACAUAUUUGUACACGUGCUGCUGAACUGGACAAGUAAUGGCAAAUACGUGACACA